AUGGAAAUAGAAGAGGUUGAGAUAGAAGAUGACGGAAUAGAAGAUCUGAACAUAGAAGGAGAUGAAGAUAUCGAAGAUGAAAUCAGUUACUCUUAUGAGGGUAGCUCAAGUUACGAUUCGGAUUUCAAACCAGGACAGAUAGAUUCAGGGAGUAGUAGUGACAGCGGAACUAGAGCUGGUGCUUCAUCAUCAGGAUCUGGUGACUCAACUCACCAAAUGGAGGCUAGAAUUAACCAGUUAGAAAAUAUGAAUACCCGAUUGUUGAAUCUGUUGGAGAAUAACCAGGCAAAUAAGGAUACAGAUGAUGAGGGAAAGUUUUAUAAAAGUAAAGUUCGAGGAUUGGAUCGCUUAUAUGGAAAAACUCCUGGAUAUGGUGAAUUCCCAACCAAUCUAAGAGUGAAGUUAGCAUCAUUCUAUUUAGAUGGACAAGCAGAUAUGUGGUGGAAGACUGUGAAAAAUAUUGCUCAACGACCUGAUUUUACUUGGGAUAAGUUCCUUGAGAAAUUACGGGAAAGGUUUUAUCCUCCAGCACUUCAGACUAAGAAGGAGUGUGAAUUCCUUACCUUACGCCAGGGUAAGAUGUCGAUAGUAGAAUAUACGGCGAAGUUUGUCGAGUUAUCCCGAUUCGCACCUGACUUAGUGAAGUCGGAAAAGUUCAAGGUGACACGGAAUUGUGAAGGAAAGUCUAUAUGUUUUGAGUGCAAGAAACCUGGGCACAUUGCUAAAGACUGCCCCGAAACGACUAAGAAGAAUGUGAAGGAAGCUGGAUAUGUAAGAACACAAACUGGACCUAGCAGAUUCGGAAUGAGUAAUGCAAAAGGGAACCAAGGUGCAUCGACUUUUAAUCGCAAUAAUCAAAGAGGAUCGUAUGCCAAUCCAGGGAAGGUAGCUGGAAGAAUGUAUGCCAUGGGCACUGAAGAAGAGGCACAACCCGAGUUUGUCGAAAAUGAUAAUCUGGAUGCCAAUGGAAGCGGGGAGGCUGAACUUGUUAAAGAUGGAGGUAAUGUAAUCUCCGGAACUUUCCUUGUGAAUUAUGUACCUGCAUAUGUUCUUUUUGAUUCUGGAGCAUCCAACUCCUUUAUAUCCCAUUCGUUGCUUAAAAGAUUGAAUCCAACCCCAAAACAGUCAAAAAUUGACUUAGCAAUAGACCUUCCUGAUGGUUUACGAGUUAAGUGUGAGAAUUUAUGUAAAGAAUGUUGUAUAAGUAUAGCGGGUACUGAGUUGAUGGCCGAUUUGGUACAAUUUGAAUUAGGGUAUUAUGAUGUAAUUUUGGGAAUGGACUGGCUUAGUAAAUAUGAAGCUGUAAUUGAAUGUGAAGCACAGACGAUCCAGUUAAAAACUCCACAAGGUGGUAAAAUCGUAUAUCAAGGAGUUAUGAAGAAAUCGAGAGUGAAAAUUGUUUCCAUGAUGAAGAUUGCUAAGGAGGUAAGAAGAGGGAGAAAUGCUUAUUUGUGCCAUGUAAUUGACACAACCACAAGUCCCUUAAAAGUAGAAGAAAUUCCGAUAGUGAAGGAAUUCCCAGAUGUAUUUCCGGAAGAAUUACCUGGAUUACCCCCUAACGUGUAG